AUGAAUAUCCCUAACCAAAACCAGGACACUUUGACAGGCCAUGUACUCCGCCAAGUCCGCAGAAGCAGCUACGAAGAUCCAAUGGAACGCAUCCCUCCGGGCGUGGAAGAAGUGAUCUCACGUGGCUCCUGCCAUGUCGGCCGACUAAACGACAAAUCGGUCCUGAAAUACGCCUCCGACUUCAACGAUCCAAACUAUCUGAUGAGUAUCAAAAUUGAGUACCGCAUUUUGCAAAUCCUCGGUCCUCACCCCCGCAUUAUCGAGCCCAAGGGUCUCGCCGAAGACGGUCUCAUCCUGAAAUACUACCCCAACGGCACGCUCCGUAACCAUAUCAAGAACCAUCCGUACGAGACACUCGACCGCCGCCUCGAAUGGUGCAAGCAGAUCGUCGAUACUCUGUUGUUCGUGCACUCCAGGCGCGUCAUCCACUGCGAUAUCUGUCUGCACAACAUCCUCCUCGACGACAACUUCGAUAUCAUCCUCGCGGACUUCCAGGGUCUAGUCAUCUCGCGCGAGACCGGAUUGACCAUGCUUGAUGGAUUGACGCGCGAGUGCGCCAAGUCGUAUAUGCCGAGGGAGAAUCUCUGGGCUGCGAGUUAUCGGACUGAUCUCUUCGCUCUCGGAUCGACCAUCUAUCAUCUUAUUAAUGGCCAUGAGGUCUUCCCUGAGUUGGAUAGCAUUGAUGAUGAGAAUACCAUCAAUGCUCGCUUUAUCAAUGGGGAGUAUCCAAAUAAUGAUUAUGUCGCUGGUCAUAUUGUGGAGAGGUGCUGGAGAGGGGAGUAUGCAUCUGCUGCUGAGAUUUCAUGUGAAAUUUCUGAGAUUCAGUCUGCUAUGAGGGUUGUUGGUGAGGCGUUGAAGCAGAUGGGUGUGGAGGUGCCGAUCGAAAAGGAGGAGGGCGAAGAGUACGAAGGGGAGAUCGAAGAAAAGGGCAGUGAAAAGGGCGGGAAAUACGGGGAUGACGAGGAUGGAGAAUACAAGGAUGACGAGGACGGAGAAUACGAGGACGAUGAGGAUGGAGAAUAUGAGGACGAUGAGGACGGAGAAUAUGAGGACGAUGAGGACGCGGAGGUGUUGUAA